AUGACUCCGCCACUUACCGUUCGUAAUUUGACCCCCGUCAGCAUCACGAUUCAGCGUGUUGAGCGAUUUGAAGACCCAAGCACGCUUCAGUCCAAACCAAGCGGAUAUUUCCUCGGCAGUCAAAAUUCCACUUCCGUCGCACCGACUUCACCUGAGCUCAGCGAACAUGCCCAAAGCUUCAAUCAUCAAGACCUUGAUAUUCUGUUGCAGCCCUUUGAAUCGUACACGCUAAGAUUCCCAGACGCGGAGCAGUCCAGCAAUACGUCUACUAUUUCAAGUCCGACCCUUCGUAUUACGGUUCGGACAUCCCAUGGUGAACGUCACCGUAUCGAUGCACACCCCUCAUACACGCAGAAAUCCACACAGUCUUUCACCCCACUGUCCGGAAUCUCGUCAACGACGUACAAAGCACUCUUCCACCCAUCGAAGCCGGUUCCUCAUCUCUCCAUUCAUGUCAAUCACCUUCCAGACUACACUUCUUGGAUGUCCACAUUGCCAGAUGACCUACCGUUAUCGGCUAUAAGCAUCCCAGGAACGCACAAUUCGCACACACACUACCGAGCUCUCCCAUCUGUUCGUUGCCAAGUUCACGAUGUAAAGACACAGCUGGAGAACGGUAUUCGAUUCCUGGAUAUACGGGUGCAGCCAACGCAUGCUACAGAUGCAUCGAAAAAAGACCUCUACCUCGUACACGGUGCAUUCCCAGUCAGCCUGACAGGGCCAAAGUACCUCGAGCCGAUCUUGAAGACAUGCUAUGACUUCCUUCGAGAAAAUCCUAGCGAAACGGUGCUAGUAAGUCUGAAACGAGAAGGGGUAGGAAGCGCAACAGACGAACACCUUGCCCGCGUUCUAGAAGAGCAGUACAUCACACCUAAUGCGCGUCACUGGUAUACGGAAAACGCGAUACCGUACUUGGGAGCUGUGAGAAGCAAGCUGGUUCUGGUGCGGCGGUACAAUGUAGCUCAAAUUGAGAACUCGUAUUCGAGCCCGGACUGUAGGAAUGGUGGCCUGGAUGCAACGGCCUGGCCGCAUAACGCAACUCACGCCGUCUUCCCAUCGCGAUCUUCUUCACCAACCUUUUGUCUGCAAGAUUUCUGCGAGGUCAUGGUACCCGACAUUAUUCCAACGAAGAUACAGCAUUGCAACGACCAUCUUGUGCGCUCUGCUGCUGCCAUGCACCCUAUUCCUGGCAUAACAACAGACGUCACAAAUCCAGUGCCUCCAGGUCCCUUGUAUCUUAACUUUCUCUCUGGAAGCAACUUCUGGAAGAAAUCCUGUUGGCCUGGAGCUAUCUCUAAGAUUGUCAACAGGGGUAUGGAGGAAUGGCUUUGUGAGGGGCAUCAUUUGGAGGCUCCUAACACAACGUCCCGCCAUCCGGAUGGGACGGACGGACGGGAAGAGAAGGGGAUAAAGAGGGCAAAGAGUGGUGAUGGUAGUACGGGUGUUGUCGUUAUGGACCAUGUGGGUGAACAUGGGGACUGGGAGUUGGUCAAGCUGAUCAACCCGAGCAUUCCCCAAUCACGCAAGCGCACAGUUAGGAUAGGGCCUCUGCCCGAAGGUCCAGUCAGUGAAGCAACCAUACAACGCGUAUUUGGGCGAAGAUUAUCAGCCCACGAUGGCAACAACGUUCUGCGGAUACUGCACCACCGACGGACAGCAGGCUCACUAGCUGACUAUGGCGUGGAUAACCUGGGCAAGCAAUACACACACGUGAGCAGGGAUACUGCAUUGAAGGGCCUGGAGUGGUUGCGAGAGAAAUACCCCAUCGACGAAGCGCGUGCAGCAGAGGAAUGGGCAGAGAAAGAGGCAAACCGCAUAGCCUACGAGCUCUGGCUGGCCGACCCCGAAACCGAGUCCAAAUACAAGGAUCCCGCUCGUGCCUUCAAAGAGCAGAUGGAGAAGGAAGAGGCCGAGAGGCAACGCCAGGAAGCUGACGAUCGGAAGAUUGGUAUACUGCAUGCGGGAAAGAGUCAGUUCGAGCUCAACAUUGAGGAGAAGAGGAGACAGCGAUUGGAGGAGAUUACACGGAUAGCAGAAGAGAAGGAGCAGAAGGAGAGGGAAAUGGAAGAGAAGCUGGCGACCGGAGAGUACGUGCGUACGCCGACUGGUACACAGCUGAUGAAGCCCGGUCAAACGGCUUACGUUGAUGUCUUCGGCCGCGAACAAGUCAGUCGGAGGAAAGAGGAGAUGGAGAAAUACAACAAGGCUGCCCAAGUAACGGAUGCAAAGACGCCAGAGGAAUUGUUGGCACAAACCACUCUCGCGCAACGUCUCUACCCCAUGUCUGCCUUCGUCCUCCUCACCCUCCUCGUCUGCUACGGCUUCGCACAUUACUACGCCCCGCCUUCGCCCUCGUACCGCAUGUUCCCAGACCUCAGUCCAACAACCGCCACUAUUGGCGCGCUCCUCGUCAUAAACGCUGCUGUUGCAGUAGCAUGGCGUGUCAUGCCCCUCUGGCCACUCAUGACCCGCUACUUCAUGCACGUCCCCGGCUACCCCCGUGCCGUCCAAAGCGUCCUCAACGUCUUUAGUCACGUGCAGUACGAGCAUCUCCUCGCCAACAUGAUGAUGUUGUGUCUAGUCGGACCUGCAUGCUGCGACCUCGUUGGCCGUGGUGUCUUCAUGGGAACGUACAUUUCAGCCGGCGCUGUCGGUACUUUGUUCUCCUUGUACUGGGCUAACCUAGGUCGCGGAAAUAUCACCGCGCACUCUGUUGGUGCGUCCGCGGCCAUUUGGGGCAUCGCGGCGCUGUACUGUCUCCUUACCGAUCAAGAGAGGAUCAAGAUUCCUUUCUUGAAGGAGGGCGAGGUGGCGUUUUGGCCCAAGAUGCUGUUCGCUGCGUUUGUCGUGUUUGAGAUUUUCUCCGCGUUGAAGAAGGGUAACUCUACCAUGGACCAUGCUAGUCAUUUUGGCGGCAUGUUCGUUGGCAUGGCUACCGCUGGCUAUUUGCGAGCGAAUGGCUGGCGGGACAGACCAUCUUUCUUGAACAGAGAGGGUGGUGCUGUACAGCAGAGUGUCCAGGAGAAAGCUGGUGUGAAUGGCAAGACAGUUGAUGUUGGUGCCAUGGCGAAAGAAGGAAUCAAAGAAGUCAAGGAGAGCAUAUCAUCGAAAGUUGGAAAGUAA